ACAGGCUCCCAGCAGCUCGAUUCGCUCGCCUAGUCGCCUUCUCGAAUUCUCCCGCAAACUUGACGCUGAAGCCUGCACGAGAGGACAUGGCCAUGGCCACGCCCACGCGUGUCACGGCAGCAGCAGUCGUCCUCCGGGUUCUCUCGUUGCUGAUCCUGCUGCGCACGGGCACGUGCGCCGACGACUACUCGGCGUUCGUGUACGCGGGGUGCUCGCAGGGCCGCUACAGCGCCGAUUCGCAGUACGCGUCGGGGGUGGACUCCGUGCUCACCUCGGUCGCCAGCAGCGCGCCGUACGCCCCCUACGACAACUUCACCUCGCCGACCGACUCGUCCGUGGUCGGCCUCUACCAGUGCCGCUCCGACCUCCCCGCCUCCGUCUGCAGCGGCUGCGUCCGCUCCGCCAUCUCCAGGCUCUCCUCUCUCUGCGCCUGGGCGGUCGGCGGCGCGGUGCAGCUGCGGGCCUGCUUCGUGCGAUACGGGAACGACUCGUUCCUGGGGAAGCAGGACACGGCGGUGCUGUUCAAGAAAUGCGGCGGCACGCCCGGGGACGCCGGCGGGGUGGCCAUGAGGGACUCGGCGCUCGGCGCGCUCGUGGCCGCGGCGGCGCCGGCGGGCGGAGGGUUCCGCACCGGAGGGUCCGGCGCCGUGCAGGCCAUGUCGCAGUGCGUGGGGGACCUCGGCGCCAAGCCCUGCUCCGACUGCGUCUCGGCCGCGGCCGCACAGCUCAAGGCCGGGUGCGGUUACGCCACGGCCGGCGAGGUCUACCUCGGCAAGUGCUACGCGCGCUUCUGGGCCAACGGUGGCGGAGGUUUCAGUAGCAGCAGCAGCAGCGCCGGCCGGCAUGGAUUUCGUCUAGUCCACGUGGUCGCCGCCGGUUUAUUCUUCCCCUCCUUGGCUUAUGCCUCACUUGCCAUAUAGGUAUUGUUGCACCGUGCGGUGAUGUUGAGACUGGAGCAGUAGCUAUGCUGUGUUUUGUCAUCAUGCUUGAGAUUUACAGCUCAGUUUUUGCUCUUGUGCUCAAACUCAAAUGGUGUUCAUGUAGCUUAACUCUGUCUCUUUCUUUCUCAAGUCUUAUAACUGUAAAUUUCUUACGUCGUAUGCAUGCAAACUAUGCUAAAUCAUGUAUAAGUAAUCUUUUUACUACAGCUUACCACCAUUAUUAAUCUUA